AUGGCUUCCAUUCUCCAUCUUUUGCUAAUAAUCUCAUUACCACUCUUAAUAUCCCUUGUGAGACCAAUCCUUGUUGCCAAACAACCUUUCAAGUUUAGCAGGAAUGGUCUGGGGUUAACCUUCUCCUUUGGCUUUAUUUGUUCUGGUUCUUGUGAUUCAUUUGUCUUGGCCAUUGCCAUUAUGGUGAAGACCAAUGACCAAAGCACAGCUCUGCAAGUAGUAUGGUCUGCCAACAGGGACAAACUUGUCAAGGAGAAUGCAACACUUGAGCUAAAGAAAGAUGGUAACUUUGUGCUCACUGACAUUAAUGGCACCAUUGUUUGGAGUACUAUCACAUCAGGCAAGCCAGUUUCAGGGAUUAAUCUCACAGACAAUGGGAGUUUGGUGUUGUUUGAUAGUGAGAACAACAUCAUUUGGAACUCUUUUGAUUUCCCAGUUGAUACACUGCUGCCUGGACAGAGACUGGUGGCUUGGCAGAGACUGGUGAGUAGAGCUUCAACUUAUAACUGGACUCAUUCAGGAUCUCAUUUUAUCUUACUCUCUCCAAGUGGUUUCUCUUCUUUCAUAGAAUCUGAUGGAAUACCUCAGGUUUACUAUAGAAAAGGAAGUGUUACCAUUAAUUCAGAGGAUGAGGAGGCAUAUCUGCAGUUCAUGAAUGGCAAUGUAAGUUUGGUUUUUGUCUUCAAAAGAAUCAACUGA